GUCGUUUUCGGUUUAUUUUUUUAAUUUUGUACACGGGAAAUUUUUUUCUUAAGCAGAGUAGUGGUUUAUUGGCAAUAUUUAAUUGAUAAAGUAAACAACUGAUAAAAUGCAUUCCAUCAAGGGAACAACAACAUAUGGACGCCUUUUAAUUGGCAUCAGCAUUGCAACUUUACUAUUGACAUUGGCAACCGCUGAGGAUCCAAUAAAGUGCUUUCAAUGCUCCUCAAAGGAUUCGAACGAUUGUCUGGAUUUUACAAAACUCCAAGCGAAAGUUUGUAGCAAUACUGCGGCCACUAAAUGUUUUACCAAGAACGAUGCUGGUACUAUAACAAGAGACUGUAUGGGAGAUGGGGAUUGUACUGGUGAAAAUUGCAAAACUUGCGAUGGCACCACCACCGAUGCAUGCAACAAUCAUAAUAUCUGCAAGAAAUGUUCUACUGAUGAUGCCCUAUGCUCCCAAAGCCAAGUCACCGAUAUCAAAUAUAAUUCCAUAUGUGAUUCAUCUACAACGGAGUGUUUUGCCCAAGUGAAGGACAAGAAGGUAGAAAGACGUUGUGCCGCUGCUCAGGAUACAUGUGAUGCAACAUCAACCACAUGCAAAAAAUCAGCUGCAGCAUUGAGUAAUCAGGGCUUUUUCCCAGCAAAGCGUAUACAGUGCUAUCAAUGCUCCGGUUCGGAAUGCUCUGACCCUUCAACCGCGACCAUACUAGCUAAACCAUGCGCCAAUUAUGUGGACAAUGAUCAGUGCUAUAUGACUGCGGAGAGUGCUGCUGCUGUUGUGCGAGGCUGUAAAUCGGAUGAUGGUACCAAAUGUUCCGAUGAUGCUGCUGAUAAAAGCAACUGCUUCACCUGCUCUGCUGAUAGUUGCAACAAUUCUGCCUAUGAGAAAAUUCAAAAACUGAAAUGUAUUCAAUGUGAGGGAGACGAUUGCUAUAAGGAACAACAGGCCAGCGAUGCUAAGGAUUGUAAAGAGAAAAUUCUAUAUAACGCCGAAGAGUCAUGCAUUACUACAUUCACCAAAGAUGGUAUCUACAGGGGAUGUUUUGUUUGUUUGUUUUGUUGUUGUUUAUUAUUUCUAUCAAUAUUUCAUUUUUUUUUUUUUUUUUUCUUAUAUAUACAAAAAUACAUUUUUUUGAGUUUCUAUCUAUAAGAUAUUUCAGCAAAUGAGCAUGUAUGUUAUUUAUGAAAGCAACUUAAAAGUACAUAAUAUAUUAGGAAAAAGAUAGUAAAAAACCUAAAUU